UUUUAAUGUCACAGAGCGCAACUGUAUACCAUGAAUUCGUUUACUUUUGAGCAGAGCUUUGCAGCUUCCUUCGGCGUAAAGAACUCAUAUCUUCUAUCAACAAUCUCUCCCACUGGCCGAACUGCAGUUUGUCAAGCAAACGUCACAUGCAAUAAACUUGCUGCACGUGAGCCGGGAGCGCUCAGAGAAUUCUAAUACGCAUGAGCGCGCGCACCGACAGCGCGCUCUCACUUCACCUUCUACUGUCGACCGUGUUGUAUUACGGUGCCUAAUUUAAAUUCAUACAAAGAUUACAGUUUUAACUCCGUAUAUGCGGACGACGGGAUUCAGUUCAAUUAAAGGUGAAGAUAUGAUGAUAAUCAAGUCAGUUAAAGGUAUUUUCAGCACAAUGGACAGCACUCCUCGACAAUGACCGAUACUUGACGGCGUUCAUUUUUACCAAAGCACAAUGGAUAGCAGCAAAGAUGAGCCACCGAGGACCCGAGGUGAGACAACGGACAAUAGCUCACAACAAAUCAGCUGCUAUUGACAUAGGACAGGAACAUGAACUUGUUGGACAUAUUUCUAGAGUCGCUCAUCGUUGUAAUUGCAGUGGUGUCGCUCGUGGCGAACUUGCUAGUGUUACUAUGUUUCACCUGCAGCGCACAAGUUCGUUCACAGGUGCCGGGGAUCUUCAUCAUGAACCUCUCAUUCUGCAACAUCCUCAUCACUGUUCUCAACAUGCCUUCCACCCUACUUGGGGUCGUAAAACACCAAAAGCCUUUUGGCGACCACUUUUGUUAUACAGUGAGUUUUAUGGACACUUUCUUGACUACCAACACAAUGUUGAGCAUGGCAGCUCUCAGCAUAGACCGCUGGAUAGCCGUGGUUUUUCCUUUGACUUAUUCCAGCAAAAUGAGACUCAAGAAUGCCGCACUAAUGGUCAGCUAUGCUUGGCUUCACUCGCUCGCAUUCUCGCUCACUAGUCUGCUGCUGUCCUGGGUCGAUUACAGCCCCGCGUACGCUUCUUGCACCUUGCACCUGAGAAACGAUGCUGAGAGCCGUGUUCAUUUCACGGUGUUCACCGCAGUGUUCCACGCAUGUACUUUCGUCGUCUCGCUUUUGAUCCUAUGCUUUACCUACCUGAAAGUGCUACAAGUGGCGCGCUUUCAUUGUAAGAGGAUAGAUGUAAUAACGGUGCAGACGCUUUUACUACUUGUCGACAUUCACCCAAGUGUGAAACAACGGUGCUUACUGGAGCAGAAGAAAAGGAGACAGAGGGCCACCAAGAAAAUCGGCAUAUUCAUCGGGUCGUUCGUCCUGUGCUUCGCCCCCUAUGUCAUAACACGACUGACUGAACUGUCUCCUUCAGUAAAAAUCGACCAUUAUUGGGGGAUCAUAAGCAAGUGCUUAGUGUACAGCAAAGCUGCCUCUGACCCUUUUGUCUACUCCCUCUUACGCCGACAAUAUAAGAAGGUCCUUUUUGGAGUUUGCAACAGGAUUUUGGGACGGAACUUAUACAGACUUUCUGGUAACAGCAGUCCCUCAGGCAUGGAGAAUGAAUGCUACUCACAAAGGGUUAACAAGCUGACGGAGGCUAACUGUCACUAGAGCAGGUGAAAAAGGCUGACAACUGACACCCUCAGAAAUAUGUGCUCAGCAGUGGUUUGGUUAAUCAGUGGCUAAAUGGCACACCGAACUGCCUAUAAUUUCUGAAAUAAUGGCGUAUGUGUCAUUUCUGUCUGUUAUAACCUUGGUAGGUCAAAACGUUUGCCAAUCUCUGGAUCGCCAUGAAGUUUUGCACACUCUGUUAUAAAUGUAUGAAUCUUUAUUGACAACAUAGUAUUGUAAUGUGUAUUAUAAUGUAUAUUCUGAAAGAAAUUAUAGUAGAAGAGUAAUAUUUGUAUAGGUAUUUAUCAUUGUAAAAAGUGAUGAUCUGCACAAAUAGCUAUCUCUACCUGAUUUAACCAAUAACAUUUAGUUUUGUUGUAAAUAAUUUAGACAGAUUCAUUGCUAAAGUGCCCUUUUGGUCCUAUACAGGUUCCGCCAGAACUAAAUUUUUAUUGAGGGGACACUUCCACGAACCCUACCCCUAAACCUACCCCUCACAGAAAACUUUCAGCAUUUUUAGAUUUUCUUAAAACUGAAUUCUGUAUGUUUUCUAAGCUGUCAAAAAUGACUGAUAUUACUAUCCUUGUGUGAUGUAAGGAAUACCAGGACCACACACACACACACACACACACACACAAACCAUAAUAGUACAUUGAAUAUCAUGAAGACAAACCUACAUCUCUCAUGUAAUUAAAUAAUUAAAUAUUCAGAACUUUAUUCAGCAGAGUGCAUGCAGCCUUUGGCUGGGCCGCAAGGUUAUUAAAACUUAAAGCUGCUCCAGUGUUAAUUUAUAAUGCUAAAAGGUGAAAUUUAGCCCUAGUUUCAAAAUUCAGUUUCUGCUUGAUUCAGUAUUAUCUUCAUCUGUUGACCUCAUCAAACUGCAGUCAAAUAGCUUUAGUUAGUCAUGUUUGCAAUUUAAUUCAACACAUUAAGUUAAUAGAUUUUACAGUGUAUGUUUUGAAGUUCCAUAAAGAGAAAGUCAUAAAAAUGUGCAGGUGUAUAAAUAGUACAUUCUCCAUCCACAGUGUAGGCAAUGUGCUUUGACCCCUGUGCUCUUUGACCUAUAAUAUGUGCUAACAAGAAAAUAUGUUCAAAUGAAAACACAAGUGACAACUUUUGUUCUCCAAUUCUACUCCAAUUUUUAUUUUAUUUUUUUUAUCAUUAUUAUUUUUACUUUAUAACAGCUCUAGAGAAUAAUGAUUGGAUUCUUAAAUAACUCAGUGUUUUUUUCAUAUUUGAUUGUGUUAAUGUCUCAUGCAUUACAGUUUGGUCUUAAACAGUGAAGAGUAGGGCUUUAUAUACCCAGGUGGACACCUGCCUUUCUGAAAACAGUGCAGGCAACUACACAGAAACGACACACCAAGAAAAACAAAACAAAUCAACAACAACAACAAGAAAAAACAGUGGUUUUGAAAUAUGCCUUUAAAGCAAAGGGGGUAAACGUGAAGUCAGGCUUGCCUAAAGGUCUGUAAUUACAGAAUGACAUUGGG